UCCCGGUCCAGGGGUGGGGGUAUUACCAUUGCGUCACUUUAAAGCUCCGUUGAAAUUGCUCUGCUGGUGUGUUCCGUUUCCACGAAUUUGCUCCGUGCUCCGCCCCUCCAACUUUGGGAACAACCGCGCUGGGCGGAUGGUGCAAAGAGGAUUUAAAGGGUGGUGGGAGCUGAUCUGUAUUCCACAUCAUUCAACCGCAUUCCCCGCCAGGAAAAUCUCAUCCUGACUCCUAACUGCAGGACCAUUUCGGUUAAAGGAGACAUUUCAGGUGCAUUGAAAAUCCAGGUUGAAACAUGCCAAACUACAAGUUGACCUACUUUAAAAUACGAGGGAGAGCUGAGACUGCUCGUUAUAUUUUUGCAUACAGUGGAAUAAACUACGAAGACAACACUGUGGACAUAAUGGAUUGGCCCGAUGUAAAACAAUCUCUGCUCUUUCGACAAAUUCCGAUUCUGAAGGUGGACAAAACUGAGAUCAACCAGAGCACUGCUAUUGCGAGAUAUUUGGCCCGAGAAACAGGCCUAGCAGGAAAAACCAACCUCGAACAAGCUCAAGUGGAUGCCAUUGUGGACACAAUAAAUGAUUUCAUGAAUAUGUUCCCCUGGACCGAAAAGGACCCCAGUGUGAAACAAAAGAUAACAGAAGAUGUUUUUGCCAAUAACAUCCCUUUGCUUCUGGAUGGGUUGAGCAAGCUCUUGGGAGACCAAAUGUGGUUUGUUGGUGAUUCAGUUACCUGGGCCGAUUUUCACUGGGCCGUCUGUUCCAUCACCCUCACUAAUCUAAAUGUUGAUGUCUUGCAUAACUAUCCCAAAUUGUUAGCUUUGAAAGAACGUGUGGAAGCUCUUCCUAAAAUCGCAGCCUGGAUAGAACGGAGACCAAAAACUCCAUUGUAAAAUUACAGCCUUCAGUUAAAGGUGCCUAGAACAUGAAAUGAAACCUUAUUUUCUAAACUGGUUUAAUUCUUUAACCAUUACUUCCAAUAACAGUCCUGGGUCUGUAAUAUGUUUUAUAGAUUUCAAGUCUAUAAACUCUUAAGUUUCUCAUUUGUUAACCUUUUGACAUGGACAGGCUGCAUGGGUUAAGCUUGUAUUCUCAUGGGUUAAUGGAGGAUUGAGUAGCGAUGUUUAAUAAUUAUAGGCUGUGAUAGGACAGAAAGCAAGACAUGAAGGAGCAUAUGCUUAAAGUUAGAGCUAAGUUGUUUGGGUUGUCGGGAAGUACUUCCUUUGCACAAGGGGCAGUAGAAAUCAUGCCUCAAAAUUCUUGAAAUUGAGGACAAGGAGUGGUUGGAAGUGCCAUAACAGAGGUGGAUAGACUUUGCUCAAUAACGUUACUAUGGGACAUGGAGCCAAGUUGUGUAAAUGAAGUCAAAGAUCAGUCAUGGUCUCAUCAAAUGCCAACACAGGCUUAAAGGAGUUGAAUGGCCUACUUCUGUCCUUGUGUUAAUUAGCACUUGGCUUUAAUCAUUACUGUAAUGUGUUGUGUGAAAUUGAGAAUGCUCAUGUGGUGCAAUGGUAAUACCCCUACCUUUGGAUCAGAUAGCCUAGUUUCAAGUCCCACCUGCUCCAAAGCUGUGCCCUAACAGGUUGGUGAGAAGUAAAAACAGAAAUUACUGGAAAACCUCAGCAGGGCAGGACUGGCAGCAUCUGUGGAGAAAAAAAGGUUGAGGCCAGUGACUUCAUCAGAACUAAGUUCCAGCAACUGCAGUUUGUUGCUUUUUGGUUGGUUAGAAGUCUCUUUGGGUAGAACAGGACCAAUGUUGUCAGGAUUAUUUAUCCCCCAAUCAGAGCCAGAAGUUGCAAAUGGCAUGCUGCCCACCCAGAGACAGAGUAACUGAUUCUAUAAAACAGACCAGGAAAUAUCUGGGAAUAGGAGAGCAGCCAAGGGUUGGUUGAAACAAGUAUUGUAAAUAGAAGUAUUUUAAGGUCUUAGAGGGAGUUUAAAGAAACGUGAGGGGUUAAUUUAGAGAAGAAAAUAAAGAGCUGAAGGGUGAUAGUCUUUACCCAGUUUUGUGCUAUCUGGGAGGAGGGGUUUCAUGGUAGUCAUCAAUGUGUUGCUAUGUGGGAAGUCAAAGGAGGAAGGGUUGCAUUAUUAGAUCAUCAGAGUGAGCUCUGGAAUAACUGAAAGGAUAUAAUGAAAUAAAAGGAAUCAAUUGCUGCUGGUGGAGGGGAAACUAAAUGGUGGGGGCAGAUUAAAGGUUAGGUUUGGGACGAGAUAAAGAGAAUGGGUUUAAUAAAGAUCUAGUAGAACCAGAAGCUUAUUUGAAAUGGAGUUAUCAAGGAGUUGGGAAAAUAUCAUGGGACAGUAAAUAUGAUGUUGUAGAACCAACUAAAAAACAUUAAAUAAUGGGGGGAAAAAAAAGAGUACGGUUCAAAAGCCCCAAAAGCAAAUUUAGUCAUAUUAUGAAUAAUGAAAGAGUAUUUUAAAAAAAAUCCCAAUUUGUUGCUUUGGCCUCAUAGCCUCAAGUAAAGAAUCCUUGAAAGGAAUAACUGGGUCUGCCUCAGAUACUUCUUGAAACUACCAUUAGAAACUUUAGUGAACUUAUCCCUUAAUCUGUUCUGCUGUUUCUUCAUACCUCAUGGUUGUUAUGUCAGCAUUGAUUAGACCAGUGCUGUGUAACAGAUUAGCUACAAUGGCUAACUGGGAAACCUGAUGUGCCUAAUUGAAUUUCUGAUUAAACAAAUAAAAAGAAUUCUUGUAUUUUAA